AAGAUUCUGAAAACGAGAAACAUUGUAGAGAAAUAUGAGAUGUGGAAAGUGUGUAAUUGUGAGUUAUAUGGAGGGUAAUAUUGUCUUUUCAUAUUUACCGAAUAAUAAAGAAAGAAAAAAAUGAAAAAUCUACAUAUUAAUAGAAAGGUUUUUGUUUUCGCUGUGAAGUUAGUUCGCGCUUAUCAUCCAUCGUCUUCUUCAUCAUCAUCAUCCACUUCAACAAUGGCGAACGUAAUGAAUGAAGUCAAUAUUAUGCUUUACGAGCUAUUUCUCUUGGAGACUGGGAUGAAUGAGUGCACCUGGGUACAAGAGAGACUUGCAGCUGGUGAUAGGCUUUCUGUCCAAGCUUUCUUGAGGCGCCUUACCGGAACCAUUACUGAUGUCGAGAAAAAGGAAAUGGUAUAUUUAGUCUCUCUCCCUCUCUCGAUCUCUCUCUCCAACGCUAAUCCUGAGAGACCCGUCCAUCGUCGUCAGCAAUCACAAACGUUUCUAGAUGUAAGGCUCUUCUGCCCGAUACAGUAAGGAAGAAAACAUAUGCCUUGAGACUUUCUGGUUCUUAGAAUGUAAAUCCAUCAUCUUUGGAUCGGCUGUUUCAUUUCUGAGAGCUGUAACUAUCUGAAUCAUCAAACUAUCCUUUUUCA